AUGGCCGCGCAGUCUGAACUUGAGCCAACUAUCUUAGCCAAGCUUCCACGUUCCGCCAGAUUCUAUCUAGGCUCGGACCAGCAUGGACCACGGUUUGCUAACGGUGGCCAAGGGCAUAACUGGCGUGUGGAAGAAACUAACGCUAUCUCGACAAUGGGCUUGCAUCCAACUUUGGCAUUGGGCUUGACCGAAUGCUGCGCCGCAAUAGGACGAGGCAAGUUUUUCUUCGUCGCGAAAAGCACCUACAGUCUGGACCUGUAUCGGACUAAAGACAAGCUUUCCGCAUACAACGACUUCAUCAAGCUCCCAAAUCUGCUGUACAUUGACUACGUGUGGAACGACGCGAGACGCACCGAGUGGUUCCAUACACCUCAUGAUCAACGCUUCAAAGCUCUGAGUGCCCGCAACAACGCUCUCAGCCCGUCAGUGCCGACCUUGCCUAUCACUGUUUCAACUGAUCAAGACAACCAUCCCGAUGUGAUGAUCUAUGGUGGAGGAGGUAUGGGACAAGCAUGUCUCUACUGGUCUCCAGAUGGCGACUGCUUUGCAGACUUCUUUGAUGUGCUAUCGCAAUCUCUAACCCUGGUCCAGGAAAAUUGGAAUCGGCCGCUUCUGAGCGGACUAAAGACAGCUAUUGCUGGGUUCAGGCUUACGAGUGGUCAGGAUAUUGUGACGAAAGUCCAUACAAUGUACAAGGCAAGUCGACCUGGUGGCAAUGUGUUGUUCAGCGAAGUCAUCGAUGAGAUUGUCAAGGCUCACGAAAACUUUGUCAAGGAGGGAGGAUAUUCUUACAAUCUCAUCGAGUCUCGACAAAAGAAUUUGGCAGAGCAAGUUGAGCAGAAGAUCGCAGGAGGAGCACCCAACUUGCCAGUCCAACGUUUAAAUCGAUUACGCGAUGAUUCAAGCAGUUGGAGCCCCGGAAUGAAGAACGCAAAGGAUGCCUUCGCUCUCGCUGCCGAUCGAGGCCUUGUUGAGGUCGCCAAAUACACUAUUGACGAUCUGGACUGGAACGCUCUGACCAAGGAAGAGAGACAUACCAUCGUUGAGAUGUAUGAACUCGAAGUCGAGUGCAAUCAGCGUGUCAUAACUCGAUCUACUCGUGUUGCGUUCGAUGCAAAUCUUCAGCCUGAUAUGCAAGCACGGGCAGCAGCGGGAUCUCUUGGAGAGAAGAACGACGACGACAGUGAUGACGAUUGA